CGACGAAGUAGUUUGCUCUUCCAGUGAAAGGCUCAUUCAUCAUGUCGAAUAAACAACCCACCGUCAAUGACAAGGGCCCUGAGCCUAACCCCAGGGAGGAUCCUGGCACCCAAAGGGAGGACGUGGACGAUAGCAUGAACAGUGAGCAUGGCCCCGAGCCCAACUUAAGACGUAACCUGCCUCACUCGCGACCGGCCGUGCCUCCAAAUCGAGAACGUUUGCCCUCCCUGAGAAAAGACUUACCCCCUGUAGGACGAGUCUUACCCCCUCUGACACCAGCCGUGCUAGUGAAGAGAGACCCACCGCCUCCUACUCGACAAGCCGUGGGGACUCAAGCAUCCCCCCUCAAGGGACAGGCAUUGGCUCCGAAGGGACAAGCUGUACCCCCGAAGGGCCGAAUCUUACUCCCUAAGGGACAAGCUCAGGGACAAGCACUACUCUCAAAGGUCCCUGAAUUACUCCCUAACAGACAAGCCAAACCCAGGCCGGGCCAAAUCUUCACCCCCAUGGAACAAGUCUUUCUCCCCAGGGGCCCAAGAUUAGCCCCCAUGGGCCAAGCCAGCCCAGAUCCCACGGGUCAACAACAACCAGCAUCAGCAUCAUCAUCAACACCACCACCACCCCUUACCCCAUUCCAGCAAGCCGCGAUGGGACAAAACUUACCAAUCUUCAGCCAACCCAUCCCCUCCAUUGGCCCCGCCUUGUCCCUCGUGGGGAUCGCCUGGAAUCCCACCGAAGGCACCCCCCAUUCUCUCACGGGCAGUCCGCUGGACACACACAUUUCCAUCACCACCCGGUUCGUCGACCCCGAGACCGGACGAUACCUGGGGUAUGUGGGCCUCUCCUCCAACCGGGGCACACCCACGGACUUCAGCAACCUCUUCACCGCCACCGCCCGCCUCCCGCCGGCCCACUGCCCGAUACUGACCGUGAAUGUCGAAGUGGACCUCGCGGCAAUUGCCAAGGACUGGGCGCCCGUCGAGGAAGCGCUACGCAGGGCCUGGGCGGAGUACAAGCAUGUGUAUGCACCGCUGCGCGGGCGGCGGAUGGGGGCGGCGGUGCUGUACCAGCGACAACGAUUCCUGCGGUUCUAUCUCGAGGAGCUGGAUCCGGUGAAUAAUGGCCGGGCGUUCCUGUGGAAGUCCGAGGCGGAGAAGAAGGAGAUUGUCUGGGAUGAGAAGAAUCUGAAGCAGAUUAAUCGGGCGACGCGGGCGUUUGAGGCGUUGUUGGUGGGGACGGAUGGGAUGUGA